AUGUAUCAGAAUACAAUUGAUAUGGCUACCACCGUCACAACGCGGUCUCCAACUCAAUGGAGUCGUGAAGACGGAAAGAUUUUCGAAAGAGCUCUUUUGAUGGUACCGGAGAAUUCACCUAACCGGUGGGAGAAGAUUGCUGAAAAAGUUCCCGGUAAGUCGGCUGCAGAAGUGAAGGAUUACUAUCAAGAUUUGGAUCAUGAAAUUUCGGAAAUUGAAGCCGGUCGGGUUGAGAUUCCGAUUUAUCCUGAUGACCUGGCUGAAAGUGGUGGCAGUGGAUCGUCUGAUUCGGAGAAAGAAACACCAUGGACUAAAGAAGAACAAAGGUUGUUUCUUGCUGAGCUUGAGAAAUAUGAGAAAGAAGAUUGGUUUCAGAAGCGUUUCAAGAUAUUAUCUUGGGACAAGAACACACACAGGUAG